AUGGCGGUUUUGUCGUAUUUAAAAACGAGUUUGAGUUUAAUAAUAAUGUUCAUGUUAUUACUGAUUUUACCAUUUUUUAAUGCUCAAAAGGCUGAUUUUGAAGAAGUUUAUCCGUUACGUCUGGUUGGUAAAAGACCCAACAGAGGCCGUCUGGAGGUCCUUUAUAAAGGACAAUGGGGCUCAGUGUGUUCUGAUUGCUUUAGAGAAUUUCAUUGCAACAUCAUAUGCAGGCAGCUUGGAUAUAAGUAUGAUGAUUUUGAAGAUUUAAAAAAUGGCCCGAUAUGGUUGGAUCAGGUGUGUUGCCUGGGUCACGAGGGCAACAUCUUUCAGUGCCCCCAUCAGAAUUGGGGCGAGACUGACUGCACCCACGAUGAGGAUGUUGGUUGUGACUGUGAUGUUACUGCCAACCUGUCAGAUGUCUAUAGGAUAAUUCCUUUCGAUGUUAACCAUCCAUGGAUUGGUAUUGUCCAGUUGAGAGUUAACAAUAACCACGGCGAUCAUGAUAGUGAUGGUGGUGAUCAUGGUAAUGAUGGCGGUACUCUUGGUUAUAAUGAUAAGGAUCGUGAUGAUGAUGAUGGUGGUGGUGGUUAUGAUGAUGAUGGUGGUAGUUCUUGGGUUGGAGUCUGCUCAGAGCACUGGGGACAUGUUGAGACGCUGAUGUUUUGCACUGGAUUAGGAUAUGUCGAGUGA